UCAUUUUCGACUGGAUCAUGCAAACUUCGACUUUUCGGACAUCAAAUUGAUAAUUGAUAAUUAAGAAGAAAUUUAGUAAAAAUGAGGAGAUUUAAGUACAGUUUAAUGAAUAUUGUAAUUAUUUUAAGUGUAGUAACAAGUUUAUGUAGCGCUUUAUAUGAAGAUCAAAUUGGCAAGUUUGAUUGGAGGAAAAAAUUUGUAGGAACAAUAAAAUUUGGCUAUUUCGAUGCCCAAAAUGCCGAUAAAUCGAUAGUAGCAACAGAUGAGAAUGUACUAGCGGCAAUAUCAAGUAAAAAUGGUGAUAUAUUAUGGAGAAAAGUGUUUGAGACAGACAAUACAAGAGGAGAAAUUAAAUUCCUGCAUGUCACGAGAGAAGGCAAAUCCAUAGCAAGUCAAUCGGGUGAUCAAAGUCCAUUUGAUAUAAUUACGGUUAAUGGAAAUAAUCCAUUCUUUUUCCGAGGAUAUAAUAUGAAUAAUGGAAAUUUACUUUGGGAAUGGUCUAUAACUGCAACUUCCCAAGAUCCAGAAAACUCACUGUUUUUCUUCAAAGAAUACAGCAUGUAUCAUGUUUUACCUAUCUGGAACUCACAUAUUGAAGUAACUGAAUAUCAUGCAAGUACAGGACAACAAAGCAAUCCAACAACAUCAUCAAUUUUUGCAGCAUACAUCACUAAAGAUAACUGUGUCCUCAAUGGACAAUAUUUUGCAUGUAUUGUUAAGGAGCAAUUGCUUGUGAUAGAUCUUAUAGCUGACCAAAACAAUUUACGAACCAAAGCAAUUGAAUCUCCAAAUAGUUCUAUUAAAGUCAUUAGAGGCAAAGACAAUGUAAUUCAAGUUGGCAAGUCAGUUCUUAAUUUAGAGGAUCUAACAGUCAUCUAUGAGAAUAAAAAUGAUGUUGAAUUGUACAUAGAAAGUGAUAAAAUCAUUCGAGUAGUUCAGAAUGAGAAGGAUGUAAAGAUUUUAACCGAGAAUGCUGAAUUAUCAUCCAUUGAGGAUUUACCUGAGACUUUAGACAACAACUUGAAGAUUAUGGCAACAAAAUGCAAGCCUAAAAGAGACGACACAAAUCAAAUUGCAUGCCGUUUUCUUCUUUCUACAAAUGACGGUGCUAUAGCUCUUGUUCAACAAGGAAAAAUCAAAUGGGUCCGAGAAGAGUCUUUGACCAAAAUAUCAGCAGUAGAGUUUAUUGAAUUAAGUUUGUCAGAUGCACAAGGUGCAAUCGAGGAGGAACUAAAUAGCGGUGAUGAGGAACAUUCUAAUUCUGAUAUUUUGAGUUCAUUGUACCGUCGUUUACACAGUCAAUAUGGAAUGAUCAAAAACAUCGUACUACACUUAUUGGGACUUGGACCACCUCCUUCAUUUUCUCAACGUGCUGGCUUAGUUCGUGAUGAUUUUGGGCUUCAUAAAAUGAUGGUUAUUAUGACAAAGUCAGGAAAACUUUUUGGAAUUGAUAAUGUUUCGGGUAAACAACAUUGGGUACGUGUACUGAAAAAUUCUGAAGGAUUCUCAAAUGGACAAGGCAUAAGAUUGUUGGUUCAAAGAACAUCAAAAUUCUAUCCAUUACCAACUCAAUGUGUAAUUAUUGCACGUGAAAAAAUUACAGGCAAUGGUAUUAUCUUCCAAUUUAAUCCUCUUUCGGGACAAACAAUUGAUAAAGGGCUAUUGAACUUGGACUAUAAAAUAAAACAAGCUGCAUUGUUAAACUACGGCGAUAACUUUUUACGUCCAAUUCUGUUGGUUGACACUAAUGAUAAUGUUCAUAUUUUACCUGAAAGUUCAUUGAAACAAGCCGAUGGAUUCUUUUUCUAUACAGUCAACAGACAAACUGGAUUCUUGAAUGGAUAUAUGAUCCAGCACGAAAAUAACAAAGUAGAUCUAUUGCCAACAUGGAACUUGAACUUAGGAGGAACUGAAAAUGAGCAGAAAAUCACACACGUUGUAUCAAAGAACUCAGUCGAACGUGUUCAUUCCCAAGGUCGUGUUUUGGCUGACAGAUCUGUAUUGUACAAAUACAUUAACCCAAAUUUAAUUGCGGUCGUUACUGAAGGACCUGAUAGUAUUCAUAAAUAUAUGCUGAAUGUUCAUCUAAUUGACGUUGUAAGCGGCUCAAUUGUAUUCUCGAUGAAUCAUCGUCGUGCAAAAGGACCUGUUAGAAUCGUCCAUUCAGAGAACUGGCUUGUUUACUCAUUUUACAACGAAAAAAUCCGCCGUAAUGAGAUUACAUCAAUAGAAUUAUAUGAAGGCAAAACACAGACAAAUAGCACAAUUUGGAGUUCAUUGAAUGCUCCACCAUCACCACUUGUCGAACGUCAGACUUAUAUAAUUUCGAGUAGUAUCGCUGCACUUCGCGAAACAAUAACGGAGAAAGGAAUUACAAAUAAGCAUGUCUUAAUGGCCCUUGACUCUGGUGCUGUCGUCGAAAUGCCAUGGAUGUUGCUUGAUCCACGACGAAAUUCAAUGGUUCCAACUGAAUAUGAAGGCAUAAUACCAUAUAUUCCAGAACUCGUGAUUCAACAUGAAAAUACCAUCAACUAUAAUCAAACGAUAGCAAAAAUUAGCGGGAUUUAUACUGCAGCAAGUGGAUUAGAAAGCACGUGCCUUGUUAUGGUGUAUGGACUUGAUAUAUUCGUGACUCGGGUUUCUCCAUCAAAAACAUUUGACUUAUUGAAAGAAGAUUUCGAUUAUUUCUUGAUCUCAAUUGUCCUCAUUGGACUAAUCACAGCAUCAUAUGUUGUUAAGCAUUUAGCAGCUAAAAAGACUAUUAAGCAAGCAUGGAAGUAGACUAAACAAUUUAUAUAAUUUAUUUGUAUUGAAGUAGUCAUUUGGUCAUUAGAUUGUGGAAUAAAAUCAUUUUGUUUUGGUGAAUUAAUC